GACGAAGCUCCGACGGAGCCGACAGAGAGAGGACGACAGGAGAGACGGAUGAUCUCGUCCAGCCGACUGGCCAGUGCCGCGUCAUCAGCACGCUGCUCCUUGACAAUGGCCAGUCCUACUCGGUCGAGGAGCCAAGGAGCGACACCACAGGCAAUGGGGCCGUUGGAGCGCUUUGCGAGAGGCUUUCUCUUGCCCAAGCGCAAGGCGAGCAAGGACGAGGCAGAGGAGCUGAGCAACGCAUUCUCGGCAACAAGCCUCGUUUCUCCAUCGUCAAGCAGGCAGCAACAACAGAAGCAUCCGUCAAAUCACCCACAGGCCAGCAGCACUCAUGCGCGCCACCACCACCAGCAGGCAGUGUCUUCUCCGUCAGCGCAUACAUCCCGGCCCUUGCCUAGACCCCCGCUGCUCCUCUCGUAUGAGAGAAACGGCGGACAGGACUCAGUCAGGCCGACUUCGGAGCGUCUCGUGCCCAUGCCUAUGCCCAUGCCCAUUCCUCAACAUGACUGGACUCCCCCUCCAACAAAACAAGCGCAUGGCCUUCCCUCGAGCAUCCCUUUCCACCACGAGGGAAGGUACCCGAAUCCGUGGGAGCUUCCUCUGCGGCAAGGGGCAAGCAUCUCUCCUUCCCCAGCAUCCAUACCAGCUGGAGUCACGUCAUCAAUGCCAACCACGCCCAAGCCGAGGGCAAAAGCAAAGUCGAGCGGGCAGGCUACCUCUAGUGGUAAGAGAAAGGAAGCUGCGUCAGAGGAGCGCGACAAGGCCAGAAGCAGGAAGCCAAGCAAGGACAUCGUGACGGACCCCAACAUCGCACCUGGGCUUGGCCAGUGUUGGGGCAUCAAGAAGGACGGGACGAGAUGUACAAGGCGGCUUAGCCCGUCGCUCUCCUCUUCUUCGUCUCCUGUAAAGGCUGGUCGCGAGGGCACACCAGCGAAGAAGGGGGAUGUGAUCGUCGUGGAUGACUCCGAUAGCAGUCUCAGCCCAGGAGAAGAGUCCGACGAUGACGAUGUGCGACGAGACUACUGCUUCCAGCAUGCAAAGGAGAUCAAUCGUACCAAUGGGUUCCUAUUGCCUGGUCGUCGUCGCCGUCGCCAGCAACCUCAUCAUCAUCGUCAUGAUCAUAGUCAACGUCCCCGCAAGGAGUCGACAACCUCGUUAUCAGCUUCGUCGUCAGCUGAGGACAGCAAAGGAAGCAGCAUCCAGGACGAGACCUACAUCGACUUUGACGAUUAUCUCUCGCCCGGUGGCAACUCUGGUCGCGAGCUUUCGGACCGGGCCAAGGCCCGUCUACGAACAGCCAUGUGUCGAUCACCGUCCAAGGUCGACUGGAAGCAGCGUGGCUACAUCUACAUCUACGAGCUCCGCGAUCGGUCGACAGCCACCCAUCUGGCACUCAAGGUGGGGCGUGCCGUCAAUGUCUUUAAACGAAUCGAGCAGUGGCGGAGCAGGUGCCAAAGCAAAGAUCCCCUGCUCCGUGCUUUCUUUCCGCAGCUGGAAAGGCGACCUAGACCAGUGGCAGCAGCAGCAGAAGCACAGUCGUCGGACGACGAAGAGGAGCAGCAGGGGCUCAUGCCAGGCGCCGAUGCGGCAAAGAUCCAGGGCAUGUUUCUCGCGCACAAGUGGGAGCACCUCUGCCAUCUGGAGCUCGAAGACCUGGGCACAAGGCUCGAUGAGGGCCAGCCGUGCAAGGAUUGCGGCAGCCGGCAUCGCGAGAUCUUCCUCGUUCCCCGCACAAAGGUCUUGGGGUAUGAGGGCGUGAGGGGCAUUGUGGAAAAGUGGGCCAGAUUUGUGAGGCUCGUCGAAAGAAGCAGGAGGUCCUGAGUUGCAUUACUGUAUCACCAUCACCAGCAUUGUCUCUGCCAUGUAUGCUUAUUAUUCGUGAA